AUAAAAAACAAAGAAUUAACAGAAAACAGCAAAGACUUUGCUCAUAUUUUUGGUAUCACAAUGGACAUCCGAAGACGUUAUCUUGGCUUUACGACUUAUAGAGGUUUCCUUCGCACGUUGAGGUGUCUGCGGGCUGUUCGCAACAUGUUGAACCUACCGACCCAGUCCUUCCCUGCGCCGAGCUCCCAGCAGCGGGUCGCUCCGUCCGGCCACUCGGGGAGGACCAAGGUUGCCUUGAAACCAGGCCACAGUCUCAUGGACUGGAUUCGGUUCUCCAAAAGUGGGAAAGAUCUAACUGGGCUGAGAGGACGGCUGAUGGAAGUUACUCAAGAUGAACUACAGAAACACAACACCAGGAACGACUGCUGGACAUGUAUACGAGGUUUGGUGUAUAAUGUCAGCCCUUACAUGGACUACCACCCUGGGGGAGAAGAUGAGUUGAUGAAGGCAGCGGGCAUAGAUGGCACUGACCUUUUUGACCAGGUCCAUCGCUGGGUAAACUAUGAGUCCAUGUUGAAAGAGUGCCUAGUGGGCAGGAUGGCCACUAAGCCCACCACUACUUUUAAAGGCAUUGUCCCACCACCUCCACCAGUCUUCAACCCCACUACACCAGUGACCUCUCUGACAGUCAAAGACUCAAGCCCUCGAUAUGAAUGGUUUCAAACGGAGUCGACGGUCCAUCUUAUUAUUUAUGCCAAAAGAAAGAUACCCAAAUCGGGCUGUACUGUUGUUGACCUCGCUGCUGGUGUACUACGACUGGAAGUGCUACUCGGAAAAAUGUCCUACGUGAUACAUUUAUGUCUUUUAGAAGCUGUUGAUGCAAACAUUGCUGUUCACACUGCCGCCACCGUGGGAAAGAUCCAGGUGACCAUACACAAGCAGGAAAAAGGAAAAUGGCCAAGCCUUGGCCAGCCACUGGAAUUCCACAAUACAUUUUUAUGCAAAAAAGAAAGAACACUUUUCUAUCGAGAUUGUGUGUUGGUGUCUCGGACUGAGGUGAAUCAUAACACACACGUGCUUCAGUUGCAACUUCCUCGUGGGACUGUCAUGCAAGUGCCUGUUGGCAAACAUGUCUACCUCAAAUCCCUCAUUCAAGAAACGGAGGUAGUGAGGCCAUACACCCCAGUAGACAAGGGGCUUUCCGUUGGACCCGAUCCCUCUUCAGAAAACAACCACCUCUACCUCAUGAUUAAGUUUUAUAGUGAUGGAGCACUCACUCAACAUCUCAACAGCCUGCAUGUUGGUGACCAUAUAUCAGUUAGCGGUCCAGAGGGUACCUUCAGUCUCCGCCCCCUUCGUGAUGUCACAGUCCUUUACCUUUUAGCAGCAGGCACAGGCCUCACUCCGAUGGCUCGUCUCCUUCAACUGGCACUGCAGGAGAUGAACACUAUCAGGAAAGCCCAACUGCUGUUUUUUAACCGACGAGAAGAGGACAUCCUGUGGCGAAGGGAAUUGGAUGAACUGGCCGCUCAGGAUGAAAGGUUCCAGGUGGAGCACAUCCUGUCUGAGCCGUGUGACAGCUGGGCAGGCAGGAAGGGCCGUGUUGACGAGGCCGUGAUCAACGAUUGUCUGGAUAGACCGGACGGGUCCAAGUGCUACGUGUGUGUAUGUGGGCCCACUGCCUUUACGGAGCUGACAGUUGGGUUGGUGAAGCAGCAGGGUUUCAUGGAGGAGGAGCUUCACAUCUUCCAGGGUUGAUGUGCACUGCUGCCAACUUGCAGAGACUUGGUGCCUUUAAGUGACAAUCAGAGAUGGUUUAAAUGUAUAGCGUAUAUUUAUUUAAUGUGUGUGUGUGCGGAAGAAACACAGUUUCUAUGCAUCCAUAUAAAACAGCUGACUGACUACAGAGUUGUGUUAUUGCAUUAGCACAGUCCAGUUAGUAUUUGUCCUACAUAUUUUACAUACAUUCUCCUGCCUCUGCUAAACAUAUUUAAUUCCACAUUUUGUUGGUCACAAUUGGGUGAAACGUACAUGUAGUU